AUGCUACGACCUGCCACUGCGCCAUCAAGCGGCAGGCAGGGCCGGCGGCAGCACACAGCAAAGCCCCCUUCUGGGGCGGAAGCACACCACAGGGGCAACAGCCACGACAAGGAUCUGUGGGUGAAGGUGCUGCAGAUGCUCAAACCGGCAGAUCUGACGGCCGUGAGGGCCACCUGCAGCCCGCUCUACCGGCUAGCUGGUGGGUUGAGAGAUGCGCGCCCGGCCAUCAGUCUCCAUCCGCCAGCCCCCCAAGCGCCCAUCCGACUUCCCCCCCUUCCUCGCCCGCGCCGGCCCCCACCUCCUUCCCCAUCCCCUCCUUUGCAGUGCGCGCCCGCCCAUCAGUCUCCAUCCGCCAGCCCCCCAAGCGCCCAUCCGACUUCCCGCCCGCGCCGGCCCCCACCUCCUUCCCCAUCCCCUCCUUUGCAGUGCGCGCCCGCCCAUCAGUCUCCAUCCGCCAGCCCCCCAAGCGCCCAUCCGACUUCCCCCCCUUCCUCGCCCGCGCCGGCCCCCACCUCCUUCCCCAUCCCCUCCUUUGCAGUGCGCGCCCGCCCAUCAGUCUCCAUCCGCCAGCCCCCCAAGCGCCCCUCCGACCAAGUGCGCGCCCGCCCAUCAAUUUCCAUCCGCGUCCCCCCCAAGCGCCCAUCCGACUUCCCCUCCUUCCUCGCCCGCGCCGGCCCCGCCCUCUCCGCCCUCACCAUCCUCCCCACCGCUCAGCUCCCUGCCACGUGUCUCACCCUUAUUGGCCAGCACUGCCCGGGGCUAGUUACCCUGAAUUUGACGGACCAGAAGGGGGUGACGGAUGCGGUGUUGGCAGCGGUAGGGGGAGGUUGUGUAGGGUUGAAGACUCUCAAGGUGAAGGUGCAUCAUGGGAAGCUGAGUCAAGGACUAGAGGCCAUUGCUGCCAACUGCAGAAUGCUAGAGACGCUCUCUCUCCCCACUCAGGUUCGGGAGUCGAGCCUCGGGCCGCUCCUCUCCUCCUUCCCGCACCUAGCUCGUCUGGACCUGAGUUGGAGCACCAAGCUCGCAGACCCUGCCUUUGCCACCAUCGCCUCCUGCUGCCCCCGUCUCCAGCACCUCGACGCCUCCUUCUCCCAGAUCUCUCACAUAGGCCUCGCCUACCUAGCUGCUCACUGUCCCGCUCUCUCCUCCCUCCGCCUCAACGCCUGCCACGCUGUCCGCCCACCCCUCUGCCUCCCCGUUCUCGCCCGCCUCCCCUCCCUGCAAUCCCUCGACCUCGGCCAAAACCCCCUGCUUCCUGACUGGAUAGAGGGAAUUAUAUCGCUACAGGCCGGGGUAUGUGGAGGGAAGGAUGGGUCAGGAGGGAAGGAUAGGGCAGGGGCAGCCGCAGGGACUACUCGCCUUGCUGGUUUUCCUCGCUCUGCUUCCGCUCCUGCUGCUGCUUUGACUGCUGCUACUCCUGCUUCUGCUUCUACUGCUGCUGCUGCUGCUGCUGCUGCUGCUGCUGCUGGAGCAGCUUCGUCUGCUCAGCUGCUACCCGCUCUCCGAAUGCUCACUGCCUACUUCCAGGCCAACCAAACCAUCCGUGCCACGUGGAUCGAAAGUCUCACUCUCGCCUGUCCCGCUCUCCGCCGCAUCAACUUCGGCACCACGUCACGCAUCCUCCUCUCCCCCACUCCCUCCUCCACCACCACCACACUAAUCAGCUUCUCAUCUUCUCCUACCCGCCCCCCCCACCCCUGCAGUCUCACUCUCGUCUGUCCCUCUCUCCGCCGCAUAAACUUCGGCACCACAUCCCGCAUCCUCCUCUCCCCCACUCCCUCUAACACCAACGCACCACUCACCACGAGCAGCAGCAGCAGCAGCGCUGUCAACGCUGUGAACGCCCUCCCUGGCGCUCCCACCAGCACGCCCUCUCCUUCCUCUCACAGACGAAUCCUGACGCCCAGAAGCCCCGGCAUCUUCUCUCGCCUUGUAGCCCUUGCUUCUCCUCGCGCCAAACUCCCCGAAGGAACCCCCGGCCAUGCUGUGCCACCGCUCGAGUCCCUCGUGCUGCCGUGCUUCGGAAUGUCAGACACAGUAAUUUCCUCCAUUGCUUCCGCCUGCCCCAGCCUCACGUCUCUCCGCUUUGAUCCUGGUUCCAAAAAGCGCUACGCGAAGAUUCUCGGAAUGUUCCAAGUCGCUGGCGCGCCAGAUAUCGACUGCACCGUGACAGACGCUUCGCUCCAAUCGCUGGCCGCCAGCUGUCCGUCGCUCUCAGAGCUCCACCUCUUCUCAGACUACCUUCUGGGCACCCGUCUCUCGUCCCACUCCCCCGCUGUACCUACUUCCACUCCCCUCUCGCCCCCUCCUUCUCCUCUUCUCACUCGCAAUCCUCCUCCUUCCUCCUCCUCCUCCUCCUCCCUAUCCCCUCUUCGCGAUCACAAUGCAUCUCCAUCCUCCUCCUCACUAUCCUCCUCCCCUUCCUCCUCUCCUCUUCCCUCCAAGCCCCCCUACCGCUUCCUCUCCCUCAAGGUUCUCUCUAUCACCAGCUGUUCUCUCGCUGACCCGGGCGUUGCCUGCAUCGUCACUGCCUGCCCCAACCUCCUGAAACUGCUGCUGCGCGAUUGCAUACAGGUGAAUCAGCAACUCUCUGACUUCCCCCUUCUCGCUGACUCAGCAGCUCUCUCUGCCCUCACGUUCUCGCUCUGUCCGCUCUCGCCGUCUCUGCUCCCUGAUUCUGCCCUAAAUGUUGCUGCAUUUCUGCCCUAA